AUGGUUGACAAUGUGGCAAAUUGCAUUGCUUUCGAGCGAGCUUGUGAAGCCUAUAACAAGGGUAUCAUCCAUUUGCUAAAUGGGAAAUUUGAGCCCUGCAUCCUUGCCCUGCAAGAGUGUAUUUUUUUUUCCCCCAAUCGUAGCAAUGCUAAUGCGAUGGUAGCACUCGGGGAGUGCUAUGUUAUGGCAUGUGAUCUAGCGUCGGCGGUGCGCUGGUACCGCCGUGCUUUGUGGGUUUUUCAGGGUUCACCAUCUCCCGCGGCGGAGUCGCAGGGGCUUACAUCAAUUUCGGUAAAUCACUCUGCUCAAUCAGCGAGCCCACUCAUGUCAAAUGAGGUCGACAUAGUAGGUCAAGGACUUGCCCCAGUGGUAGAUACAAAUCUAGCGAUCUCUGCCUUCCCCGAUUCCACCGAGCAUGAUGGUGUCAGGUAUGAAGAGGCGCAAUUUGUGGAACAAGAUGCAACCCUUGCCGCGCAAGAAUCAGGGGCUAGGCUUACUGCCUCGAUGAGAGAAGAGCCGUGGGCUUGUGAGGUUAGUAAAAGUCAGGUAGAAACUCGGUUGGCAGGACUCCUUGACGCACUGGGCCUUGUACACUACCGUAUGGGUGACUUUGCACAGGCCUUGCGCUUUGCAGAGCAGUCACUUGCUUUACUUCCCAACCAGCCGCUUGUGUGUUUGCAUAGGUGCAUGUACUUGAUGGCGAUGCAGCGGCAAGAUGAAGCAGAACGGGAACUAGAGAAGUAUCUAAAGGAAAUACAGAAGUCUACGAAUGACGCCACAGCAUCCCCCUUCAGCCCUCAUCGAUUGCAGAUUGCGACCCUUUUAGUACACUUAUGCUGUGGUCGGCAGGCGUUUAAGGUAGCGCGCACGCUGCUAGAGGAGGAGCUUAAAGGUUGUGGAAUGCGUGUGAAUGUGGUGACCGAAGUCGAGGAUGCAGGGAAAGGGGUAGACGAAACUCACCUAGCCAUCGUUGCGAGGCAACAGUUUCACGAGUCCUACACCGAUUAUCGUACUAAGGCACUCGCACGUCAGGACGUUGGUACAAUCAGCCGCUGUAUCAACGUCUUUCCCGAAGAUGUCGAUCUACUCUUCACCCGUGCGCAAAUCUAUAUCCGUACUGGUCAGCUGAAACGGAGUGUUAGGGACCUUUUCCGCUGUAUAAAGGAAAGCAAUGGUACACAUACCCAGGCGGUUGAAAUGAUGACCUCGGUGCUUUUUACAAUUGGUCAAACCAGUCUAGCAGACGAGCAGAGCUAUGCUGAUCCUGGCGCUGCCGGUGGCCAUUCUCAAAGCAAGAGCAACUUGGACGAAGCCAUUGUGUAUUACACGGAGUCUUUGAAGUGGCGAACGGAUAAUACCUUGGUGCUACUUGCGCGUGGUGAUUGUUAUUCCAAGAAGGAGGAUUACGUACACGCUCUAGAGGAUUACAGGAGGGUUCUCGAGCUGGAGGAGAAGCUAGGGGGCGAGAUCACACCAUUAGCUUCUACUGCGAAUGGACGUAUUGCUACUUUGCAUAACCUGUGGGCACGUAAGCUGUAUUUUAUGGGUAAUUUUAAGGAGGCUGAAAUUGAGUUCACAAACGCAAUUAAGGCCGACAACCAGCAGCCAGUCUUUUUCUUUUACCGUGCGAUGUGUCGUUUUAGGCUUCAGGAGCCGUGCUAUGCUUUGCGUGAUGUGCUCUCUUGCCACGAAUUAAAACCAACAGACCCUAAACUCAGAGCUUUUGUGAUCCGUUACCUUGGUAGUGAGGAUGUCUCGUAUUCAUCGCCACCAUUGUCAAAGUUACCAACACGUCUGCAUUCAAGGGGAUCUCACGUGCCCUUAGCCUCAAGUGGUCCUGACGUUAGAGCGAUGAAACAGAGUCAAGGAGGAGACACGAUGGUUGAGGAAACUGAGAAUACAGACCAAGGUAGGCAGGGUGAUUCAUCGUGUUCGAAGGGCAAGCCUUUCCUACCACCUGUCGUUACGUCGGGCUUUAAUCAAGCAAAGUAUCUUGAAUCUUGGCGUCACUACCGUCAAUUGAACCGAACAGACCCCAUCGCGCCUGGCUCCCUUCAAAGAGGUGGUGACAUCGGUAGCCAGGUGAAGGGUAGCGGAGUUUUAUUGAAGGGCCAACGGAUGAGGUUGCGCUCUAAAUACAACAGUAGUAUGUAA